AUGAAAGUUGCUCAAACAAUGAAGGUGUUGGCAGUGGCAGUGGCAGUGUUCAGUGCAAGGGUUUCCCGUGUUGCCCCCCAGGACCAUGUCACCUACCGAUCUCCAUCGAUACGUCGUGGUCAACUCACCAGCAGCGCCAAGAAGGUGUCGUUAGUUAUCGAUUCCGUCACUGUGUACGUCUUGGGUUAUCGACCAGGGGACGGAACAGCGUCCUACUGGUUCAAGGAUAUUCCCCCAGCCGUACAAAAUCUCUUCUUCCAGGGCACUACAAGAGUCAAUCUUGGUUUCAGUGGCAGUUAUGAUGACCUCAAAACUAAAGCAGGAGGAGUAGACAGAGAUCAAAUCCCUCUGGGAUUCGGUGAACUACGCCAAAAGAUCCAGAGCUUGAAUUAUUACACACCUCAAGCUGAUGUUAAGCAAGUUGCGAAAGCACUUGUAGUUUGUAUCCAGAUGGUCUCGGAAGCCACGCGAUUGAAAAUCAUCCAGCAACAGAUAGCUGCACUGGCGCCGCUUGUUCCUGGGGGACCUGAUAAAACCUUAUAUCCCGAUGGCGUAAUGAAGGCGUACGAAACCAGUUGGGGAAAACUGUCUGAUGCUGUCCAAGAUACAAGACCCGAUGGAACCUUUAUAAAGAGUGUCACUGUUGUUUCUGGUCAGAUUGUUUACAGCACUGUGGCAUCUGUGCGUCCCGUUAUUGCAAUACUGCAAAAAAAGACUUCCACCACAUAUUCAGCUACCACCCUUCUUCACCAGGUUAUCGACGAAACACUUGGCCAGAUUUAG